GCGUGAAUGAGCGCGGCUCGGAGGAGGAGGGUCGCUGCAGCGCCUCCGUCAGUCGUUCAACAGUCGGCUCCAUCAGCACCGGUCAGUCCGAUGAUGAAGAUGAUGAAGACGCUCCUUCAGCUCGGUGGUCUUGUGGCUCCUCGCGGAGGCCGGGCUGUCAGUGUGGAGCUGGCUUCCAUUGCUCGGAAGGCCUGAGCAGAGCAUCAUGGGAGAUGGAGGCGCCCUUCAGACGGAGGGCAACGCCCUCCUCAAGGCCGUCUUCCAGGGGAAGCUGCGGCUAACCCGCCUGCUUCUAGAGGGCGGAGCUUACAUCAACGAGGGCAACAACCGCGGCGAGACCCCCGUGGCUGCUGCCUGCCUGGCGGGCUACGAUGACCCGCUGACCCGGCAGAGGAUGGUCCGGUACCUGCUGGAGAAAGGCGCCGACCCCAACAUCCCCGACAAGGGCGGCCGCACGGCGCUGAUGCACGCCUGCGCGGAGCAGGCGGGGAAAGAAGUGGUGACCCUGCUGCUGGAGAACGGAGCGGACCCCAGCCUGAAGGACUACGCCGGCUCCUCCGCCCUGGUUCACGCCAUCAACCGGGGGGACCGCGACACCUUGCAGGCGCUGCUGGACGCCUGCAAGGCCAAAGGCAAGGAGGUCAUCAUCAUCACUACAGACACCUCGCCCUCCGGCACAAAGAAGACCAAGCAGUACCUCAACGCCCCCCCCUCGCCCUGCAUCGUGGAGAAGUCCCCCCCGGCCUGCAUGUCGCCCUCCGAGGUGGAGAUCGGCACUUCCUCGCCGGCGGAGGCGGAGGAGGGCGUCUUCAGCUUCGCGCUGGCCUCGGCCUUGCCGCUGCCUUCGGCCCGUCCUCCGGGAGAGAAGAGGCCGCCGCGCAAGCUUCUGAAGAGGCUGAACUCGGAGCCGUGGGGCCUGGUGGCGCCCUCGGCGCUGGGUGGGGCUCCUCCGGAGCGGGACGAGGAGGGGGGGCGCGACUUGGGCCGGACCAUUGCCGAGUUCAACGGCCUCUCGGUCGCGGAGCAGUCAAGGCCCCUAUUGUCGCGGCGACACAGCAUUGAGACCCACGACCCCUGCUCCCCCAAGCUCAUAGACCGGUCCUCCUCCGAGGACUACGGCGCCCUCUCCGGUUCAUCCUGGGCCGACAAAGUCCAGCAGCACCAGAUCUUGUACCGCAGGAACACAGCCCCGGAAUCCCAGGAGAAUGCUGGGGGGGCAGCGGCAGCAGCGGCCCGCGCUCUGAUCCAUCCCAAACUAACCCGGAUGGAGCACUACGAGUCGGACACUCACCUUUGCCCCGAGUCCGGUCCAGGGUCCCCAGACUCGGGUCGGGUCUCGGUGGAGCGGCGACGGUACAACGCCUCCCCGCUUUCCCUGGUCACCAGCUCCUCCAGGGAGUCCCUGGAGAACAUCCCCGGCUCCGUGUCGCCCAAUCCCCUGCGCCGCCGUCCACCGGGGCUGCUGGAGCGCCGGGGGUCCGGGACUCUCCUCCUGGACCACAUCUCGCACACCAGGCCCGGCUUCUUGCCGCCGCUCAACGUCAACCCCCACAGGCCCAUCCCUGACAUCCGGGCCAACGGCAGGCCCGGUGGCUCGCCCGUCCACGCCGGGCUCAAGCUGCUGGUCCCCGUGGCCCCCGCCUCACCCAAACGAGGCCCAGAUUUCAAGACCAAGAAGAAGUUGACUAGGAGGCACUCCAUGCAGACCGAGCAGAUGAAGCAGCUCUCCACCUUCCGGGAGAUCCUGGCCGAGAAGGUGGCAGAGGCCCAUGGGGAUUGAUAUCGGAGCAAAGCACAAUAGGCAGCCUCGAAGACGUUUUAGGGGGGUGAUCUACCGCAUCAUUGAAAUCAUGACCUCUGGUUCUGAGCAAUCAACAUAAACAUCUAAAAGAAAUGUAGAAGUUCUGCCUCAUGUUUUAUCCCCUUUACCACCACAUGACUCAGAGACUCUACAAGGACUCCGUUAAUCUCUAAACUAGAACAGUCAAAACACAAACAUCUGACUGAAUCCCAAAUGUUUGACAGUUUGAGGAGAAUAAAACACAUUUCCUGCUAACGAUGGAGAAUCCUCAUUACAUCACCGCAGACACAGUUUUAGAGGCACAAUUUGCACUGAAGUCCAUUUGACUCUAACGAGCCGGCGUCCUGAUUGAAGAACGUGAUGACGUGAAACUGCGUAACCAUUGACCAUCUACUCUCGCUUCAGUGUAAAUCAUGAGUGUUUUACAAUUUUCAGGGGGCGUUUGAAACAUCCCCCGACCACGGUUAUGACCUUUAACUGUGGUGACGUUUAGAGCUGAACUUCAGUGAAACAUGUUUUUUUUGCGUUUGUGAAAUUCCAAAGAAGUUGUGCAGAUGAUUUGAGCCCAAACUUUGUGCGAGUGUCAAACACCUGUUACAUGUACAUACCUGAAGAUGCAUCUGUACUGUAACGUUGAGGAUUAAGCACUUUGCGCCGGUCAACCUCUGGCGUGCGCUGAGGCCCGUUAAAGGAACCGGACCAGGUUCCGUUCCCACCGAAAUCAGUUUCAUCAGUGUGUCCAGGACAGACAACGCGGAGGAGAUACGGAGUAUAAAGAAUUCCAGGUGCUAAACCAGCGCGGGAGCAUUUUGAUUGCCUCUAUAUGGCUCUCAGCUAGCUGCGCUAGCUGCUAAGCUGUCAGUGAGUUUGCACUUUCAGUCAUGAUCAUAACAAGUCUCUCUGAAAUGAAAGAGUUCCGUUAGCUCAACGCUAUGCUAGCUUUGCCGCUCACAGUGGAGCGGCCAUCUUGGAUUUGGAGGUCGGGGUUCAUCCGACUACGUGGCAGAGUUCAACUGGCUAAAGCUGAAUUGGAUCUACGGCUUAACUGGACACACACAGGGAAACAUUUAUUACUGAUAAAGUCUUAAAAUGUUAACGGGAGGCGGGCUGAUGGGGUUUAACCGGGAAUGAUGAAGGUUAUUUUGGUAUUAACCAGACUCAAACCGGUCUGAAGUGGAAUGAAGCUGAUGGACCCAGAAAGGACCAUCUGAACUAAAGGAAACUUAUGAACAUCUUCUUCCUUUGCUGUGAUUGUAACUCAAACUGUGGAAUAAAAACCUUUGUUUCAUGAUCACGUUCA